UCUCAUUCUCUCUCACUUGCUCAGUGUGAAACACCAAGAAAAUGGCUGAGGCUGGUAUGUCGACAGAGAUGGAACGAUUCAGCUGUCCAGUGUGUCAGGAACUCCUGAAGGAUCCUGUAAAGACUCCCUGUGGCCACAAUUUCUGUAAGGUGUGUAUUGAUGACCUCUGGGAUAAAGAAGAUCAGAGUGGGGUUUACAGCUGUCCCCACUGUAAAGUGACUCACAAUACCAGACCUGAAUUAUGCAGGAACAACAAGCUGGCUGAAGUGUUGGAGGAUCUGAAGAAACUCCAAGCUGCUUCUUCUACUAUUUGUUACGCUGGACCUGGAGAUGUGGAGUGUGAUUCCUGCAUCGGGAGAAAACGCAAAGCUGUUAAUUCCUGUCUGGUUUGUCAGGCCUCUUAUUGUGAAAAUCAUGUAAAACCUCACUAUCAGGCUCCUGCCUUUAAGAAGCACAAGUUAGUUGAAGCCUGUUCAGAGCUCCAAGAGAAGAUCUGCUCUGAACAUGACAAACCGCUGGAGAUCUACUGUCGUACUGACCAAAGCUUCAUCUGUUACUUGUGUACGAUGGAAAAACACAAAGGUCAUGAUACAGUUUCAACUAAAACCGAAAGAACUGAAAAACAGAAUGAGGUAAAAGAAGAGCAGAUGAAAUUCAAGCAGAGGAUCCAGGAGAAGAAGAAGAAGUUGGAGGAGCUGAAAGAGACGGUGGACAUUAUUAAGAAGCGUUCACAGGAAGCAGUAGAUGACAGUGAGAGGAUCUUUACUGAGCUGAUCAGCUACAUGGAGCAAAAGCGCUCUGAGUUUACAGAGCUGAUCAGAGCUCAGGAGAACGCUGACCUGAGUGGAGCUGAACAACUCCUGAAUCAGGUGGAGCAGGAGAUUGCUGAUCUUAAUAGGAAAGUCACUGAGCUGGAGCAGCUUUCAGACACACAUGAUGACAUCCACUUCCUCCAGAGUUUCCCGUCUCUCUGUGUUUCUCCUGGAUGUGACGACUCACUCAGCUUCACUGUCAAUCAACAUCUCUCAUUUGAUGGAGUGAGGAAAUCUCUCUCAGAUCUGAAAAAACGAUUCGAGCAAAUCUAUGAGGAGGAAUUCAACAAAAUCAGACCACAAGCUGCAGCAGUUCAGACCAUUUUACCUUCAGAACCAGAUAGCAGAGAAGAUUUUCUGCAGUAUUUCUGUCAUCUGACUCUGGACCCAAACACAGUACAUCAUCAACUCAUUCUGUCUGAGAACAACAGAGUGGUGACAAGCAGUGAGACAAAACAGCAAUACUCUGAUCAUACAGAGAGAUUUGACUAUUGGCCUCAGGUGUUGUGCAAGGAGAGUGUGUGUGGACGCUGUUACUGGGAGGUGGAGUGCAGCGGUUAUGUGGACAUAUCAAUCUCAUAUAAAGAGAUCAGCAGGAAAGGAGAGAGUAAAGAAUCUAGGUUUGGAUACAACAGUCAGUCCUGGAGUCUGCAGUGUUCUUCUUCCUCUGUCUCUUUCUGGCACAACAGCAUUGAGACUAAGCUCCAAAGUCCAUCAUACUCCAGAAUAGGAGUGUAUGUGGAUCACAGUGCAGGAACUCUGUCCUUCUACAGCGUCUCUGACACCAUGAGGCUCCUCCACAGAGUCCACACCACAUUCACUCAGCCUCUAUACGCUGGGCUCUGUAUAUGGAUUUACGAUGUACCAGUGUCUUUGUGUGAUCCAAACUAAUAUGUUUCAGUGGCAUUGUUAUGUGCAGAAAGUUUAACUUUUUUUUAUCAUUAAGAAUUACCAAACAAUUAUAAUUUGAUUGCAAUUCACAAAUAAUUUACAUAUAUAAUCUUUUAUUCACAGAAUUUAGGAUGUUUGUAGAACAGAAAUGUUAUUAAACGGCCUCCUUUUACAGAUUUAUUUCAGUGAUGUGAAAAAUGUUUCCAAAUAUAUGGUUUCUUUUUGUGUUUCAUGAGAAAUAAAACUUUUAUAAACACCUUU